CCAGUGUGCUUCCAGCCACGAUCCUCCCCUCCAGCAUAAAUUGAAUUGUCUUCGGUGACAAACAACAUGGAGAGUCAUUUGUUGCUAAGAAUUUGGUGAGACGAAGAGUGUUUUAGUGAUCAUUUCCCAAGAAGUUCGCGCGAGUUGCACGUAACAAUAAUGACGGUGUAAGAAGCUCAAUAGAUUUAAUCAAUUCAAUAUCCAACCAACUAUUGUCUUAUCAGUGGGACGAGAGUGUGGUUGUGAAGUUGGGAUUGAGUUCAAGCGAGAGUGAGGGAAUUUUGUGUGGUGAUUGAUAAGAUAUAAUAUUAAUGGAACAUUAUCAAGGUUGAUUCGUUGGAUGACGGAGUGAAAGAAGCUCACAGUGCAAGAGACAUUUUUUUUUAAUAUAAAUUUUACAAAUUAAACUUGUUUCAUUGUUGGUCUCUCCCCCGAAAAAAGGUGGAAAAUUUCUGGUGGAUCUGUUUGAAAAGAUAUUUCUAAAACUAAGAAUCAACCGAGGAAGUUGUGGAAAAAAUGGAUAUGACAAUUACUCUUUGUUUUAGUGUAGUACUUCUUGGGAAUUCCGUGACACUGGCGUAUGAUUCAUCGACUGAAGCAUCAACAAUACCGUCUAACAAAGUUCCUCCUCUCCUAUUUCCCGAAGAUGAUUCCCAGUAUAGAAUAAUAACUCAAAAUGAAACUGCCAUCCAACAUAUUCUACAGAUAACGAGUAAGGAUGAUGUCAUAAGAGAGAUUCCUCUAACGGAAGGUCAAUCAACUACUGUUGAGAUUAAUAGCACAGGUCACACAGAUAAAGUGGAAACUACUACUUCUGUAAAACCACCCGAGACUAUUCAGGAGACUCAGGAGAAGAAGGAUUCAUCGCCUGAUGAAGACUCUGAGGAGAAGAAGGAUGACGAUGAUACAAAUUACUAUGAUGACACUACAGAUGAUCCCAAGGAUCAAGUAGAGAAAAUUCAAAGUGAUGGAAAGUACAAGUCAUCACAGGAACUCGAAGAACAAUUCAAUAGAAAUGAUGAAAAUGAAGAGGACCAGAAGACACCGGAAAUUGUCGAUAUUGUGGUAGAUUACUCAGCCUCAGUGGAUCAUACUCAUAUUGUAGCAAUCAUAGCUGUGGUCUCAAUUGCUAUUUUGGCAUUUGCUGUCUAUAUUGGGCUCAUUUACUGGAGAUAUCAUCUACAAAAGAUAUAUGGUUCUCGACAACGCCUCGUUACUGAAGAAGAUUGGUAUCACAAUGAUUCGAGGGACUUUGAAAUUUAAAUUCAUUUAAACUAGUCAAAUUUUAUUUCUGUGUCCAAAUGCUGUUGAACUCUUUGCAAUACAAAUUUUGCUGGAAAAAGAAAGAAGCCAUAAGAUUGAGGGUGAUUUGUUUCUUAGAAGAAAAUGCUUAUACAUUUUAAUAAAAAAGAUCAAUUGUUAUUUUUAGAGAGAGUUAUGAAAGAGAUGAACAAUACAAAAAAAUCGACUGAUACUGAGGUAUUCCUAUGAUAAGAAAUAAAAGAACACUAUCAGUUACAUAUCAAAAUAGAAUUUCUGCAUUUCAUUCCAAAAGCCUGGUUUAUUUUUAAAUAUACACGAUUUGUCAUUUUUUUUAUAAAUACUUUAUGCUAAAAUGAUGGAUUUUAUCGCUAUUCUAUCGUUUGUGAGGACAAUACCAUUAAUUAAUAAAGAUAUUUGGAAA